CGAACUUGGAAAACAUUGCGGUCUUUCUCUUUCUACAGAUCAAACUGGAAAGGAAACGAGAGAGUAAUGCUGGCAAUCAUACUUUUCUGGAAUCUGGUCCACGCACAAACAUGCUGGAGAGAUACGAUCUGCAGCGGUCCACCAAGACCAUUAUUUCAAGGGCCAUGGGAGUCGAAUAUCUACGCUCCAAAUGCAAGGAUAGUCCAGCCGGAUUCGAUUGUAGACCUAUUAAGAAACGUGGACUUUCCGUACGAAAGUGUUUUGACACUCGAAGGGAAUGGUUCCACUGUAGUCGUGGACUUCGGCAUUGAAGUUGGUGGAACAGUCUCUUUCCAUUACAACACAACUGCACCAGCUUCCAUAGGACUCGCUUUUUCCGAAGCGAGGAAUUGGAUCGGACAGUGGUCUGACUUCUCAAAUGGUGGCUCAACCCCUGACGGAGCAAUAUAUGCAGAUAUAAGAGCGGCUGGUCAGGGCAUUUAUAAUAUGCCGGAGGCGAAGCUGCGUGGUGGAUUUCGGUAUCUAACCAUAUUUCUCAAAACAGAUCAGAGCAGCAAAGUUACAAUCACGAACAUCACUCUGGAAAUAUCGUUUCAGCCAACGUGGUCUAGUCUGAGAGCAUAUCAGGGCUAUUUCCACUCCAAUGAUGAUCAGCUGAAUAAGAUCUGGUACAGUGGCGCCUAUACUCUUCAAUCUAACAGUGUACCUCCUAAUACUGGUCGAACUGUACCGUUUGUGAAGAACACAUGGUCAAACACAGGACUUCUGAGUCCUGGAGAUACGGUAAUUGUCGAUGGUGCCAAACGUGAUCGCGCUGUCUGGCCAGGUGACAUGGGUAUUGCUGUCCCGUCGACCUUUGUCAGUGUCGGUGAUAUGACCAGCGUGAAGAAUGCCCUUCAGGUUAUGUACGACUAUCAGAACCCUGAUGGAUCAUUUCCGGAAGCCGGGCCGCCUUUGUUACAACAAGAUAGCGACACUUAUCACAUGUGGACUUUGAUUGGGACAUAUAAUUACGUUCUAUAUACCGAUGAUAUGGAAUUCCUUGAGAGGCAUUGGGUAGGCUAUCUCCAUGCUAUGGAGUAUGUGUAUAGCCUAGUUACUCCGGCGGGAUUACUGAAUGUUACCGGAAUUCGAGACUGGGCACGUGAAGCCCAAGGUGGCAACAACACUGAGGCAAAUAUCAUUCUUUACCACACUCUCCAAACAGCGUCUCAACUUGCUACCUGGAUAAACGAUGCCACUGAUCUAAGCACGGAAUACACAGUUCGCGCACUCGCCCUCCGGACCGCCAUAAACGCCAACUGCUUCGAUGAUAAUCACGGCCUUUUCCGUGAUAAUGCCACCGCCACCACUCUUUACCCCCAAGACGCAAACAGCAUGGCCAUCCUCUUCAACGCCACGACCCUUUCCCGCGCCUCGUCCAUUUCCAAGAACCUACUCGCUAACUGGACUCCCAUAGGCGCCCUCGCACCUGAACUCCCGCAUACCAUCUCUCCAUUUAUAUCCUCCUUCGAGAUCCAGGCACACUUCGCGAUCGGUGAAACACUUCGUGGUCUAGACUUGAUCCGCCGGUGCUGGGGCUGGUAUCUAGCUAACCCUAAUGGUACACAAUAUAACCGGGGAUAUGUCAAUCCGAGCUAUACGAGCCAUGCACAUGGGUGGAGUAGUGGACCGACGAGUGCACUCACGGAAUAUGUGCUGGGGUUGAGGGUACAGGACAGAGCGGGAAGGAGAUGGAGUUUCAGACCACAGUUUGGAGACCUGGAGUGGGUGGAAGGGGGAUUUGGGACACGGUUGGGGAGGUUUAGAGCCGCGUGGAGGAGAAAUGGCGAGUGGGGUUUCAACGUUGAGGUCGAAUGUCCCGAGGGAACAACUGGGGUAGUUGAGUUACCGGUUUUAGAUGAUGAGAAAGAGAUAAUGGCUCUUGUCGAUGGGUUAGAGGCUGAGCCGGCUACUGUCUUGUAUGAUGCUCCUUCCGGGAAGAAGUUUAUAAGGUUGGAGUUUGAGGGUGGAUUCCAUUCUGUCGAAGUUUCAUAA